CAAAACAAGUGCCAACUUGUGUGAGGACGGGUGUGGGAGGGGGUGGUGAAAAGCCCAGCGUACAACCAAUUUCGGUGGACCGCGAGCCACACACGGGUCAGACAUCAAGCGUGUCUCGAACGAACCAGUCGUCGUCGUCGUCGUCGUCGUCGGGUCGCCUGGGUCGUCUGGGUCGGUCGCAGGCAGGCAGGACACGGUGGCGUUAGUGUGCCAAAGGGACAGCGGGAAAGGAAGGGUGUGAUUGCGCCGACAAACGCCGUUUCCAGUGUACCAACAGUUGUGUGUUUUGAGAGGGAGGGAGGUGUACAGUGUACUGGUGCAGCACACCAACAUGGAGCAACCAUGUGUGGUGCCGGAAAUGGACUGAUUUCGCCGUGAUUUCGGUCCGUUCCCCGUCCAUUUCCGUUUUUGGCUGGAUCGAUUGCGGUCUAAGGCAAUCGCAGCGUACAAGCGUACGCCGUCGUCACAUCGUUCAGCACCGAUCGCCAUCAUCAUCAUCAUUCUACGCGGCGUAAGUCGUCCGCCGUUCAACAGCAGGAUGGCAACAGCAACGACCGGACAGCGCCGAACGGCCACAACGAUGAGGAUGAACCAAAUGCUGCCGGUGCUGGCGCUGGUCGCCCUGCUGGUGGCUGUGGGUGGUGCCCACUCCUAUACGGUACCGCGCGAUACCGACAUCCUGCUAGCGGAUGGGUUCUUCAAGCGUAUGCGGGACCUGUUUGCCGAGCGCGCGUACGAAGACGCGCUCGGUGGUGGUGGUGCUGCUGCGGGUCCGGUAGAGAUGGCGGACGAACCGCCACCGCAAGCGCCGGUCGAUACCUCGCAUCUGGACAGUCCGCCGAAGCCGAAGCUGGUGGAGGACUGGCCCAAGGUGAAGCACACCUUCGGCCAAGUAACAGCGGUCACGAUCGAUCUCCAAGGCAACCCGGUCAUCUUCCACCGUGGCAGUCGCACAUGGACCAUGGAAAGCUUCAACGCCACCAACCACUACCAGCACAUCGCGGAAGGUCCGAUCCCGGAAAACACGAUCGCAACCCUGGCCGCCUCGGACGGGGCCGUUCUGGAGGAGCGUGGUGCCGGCAUUUUCUACAUGCCGCACGGGCUCACGAUCGACCACAACGGUAACAUGUGGCUGACGGACGUGGCACUGCACCAGGUGUUCAAGUUUAUGCCCGGUCGGGACUAUCCCGCGAUUACGCUGGGCCAUCGAUUCGAGCCUGGCUCGUCAAAGAGCCAUCUGUGCAAACCGACGGCCGUGGCGAUUGCCAGCACGGGUGAGAUCUUCGUCGCGGACGGGUACUGCAACAGCCGGCUGCUCAAGUACAAUGCGGCGGGCCGUCUGAUCCGCACCAUCCCGCAGCCGCCCGAGUUCCUGUCGCUGCAGACACCGCACGGGCUGGCACUGCUAGAACAUCUCGACAUGGUGUGUGUGGCGGAUCGGGAAAACAUGCGCGUCGUUUGCCCCCGUGCCGGUCUGCAGACAUCGUACGGCGAGGGUACGCAGGCGGCAACGAUUCAGGAGCCCGAUCUCGGUCGCGUGUUCGACGUGGCCGCCUACGGCGAUCUCGUGUACGCAGUGAACGGUCCGACCUCGCCAAUGAUCCCGGUGCGUGGCUUCACAAUCGAUCCACGCUCGGAAACGAUCAUCGACCACUGGGGCAAGUUUGAGAAUCCGCACUCCAUCACCUUCUGCCCGAACGGGUCGGCCAUGUACGUGACCGAAAUCGGACCGAACCGGGUGUGGAAGUUCACGCUGACGAUGUAAGCAGCAGUAGCCGCAGCCGCAGCUUCAUGCUUCUUCUCGUGCCACACUGCACGCGGGUUGCGUUCCGUUCUCGUUGUGUUCCCGCGACCCGCUCAACAUGGUGCAGCAAACAACAACAGCAACAACAACAGCAAAUAACAUCCGCCUGCUCCACGGUGACCACGAUUUAGCCCUCGAACACCAUUGGAAAACAUGAAGAAAAUAACAACAACCCUCGGAACGGGCGGUGACGGACGACACGGGCAGAGACACGGACUACGCACACGCGCGGUUCGGUACGGGAAGAGCAUGUGGUGGUGGUGGUGGUGCAGCAACGGCAAGGCAAGGAAAGGAGUGCUUGCCCCCCAAAAGCUCCAAUGCCGCACCGCAACGCUUGCCUAUUCCAGCCGGGAAGCGUUGCGUUACGGUGGUGGAAUGAGCACAACUUUCGCUACGGGAAGCGAACCCAGCAGCAACACGUUUAUGAAAAGUGCAUUUCAAGCAGCAGCAGCACGGAAAGAUGAAACCGAAAAGAGCCGUAAGGUAAAAACAAAACAUCCAAACCAGACAAAGGACAUGGAUAGAUGGUGAGGAUACAUUAAACUGUGCAAACACGGGGUCGAGGUCGAGAUUCAUUGCAAGUUGAUCCUUGCUCUGCUAACUGUAGCAAGCGAAACGAUGCAAAUCUCUACACCAUGCAUAUAUACACAUAACUAUACAUAUACAUAUUCAUAUACAUAGAAGCGCACCAGCUCACCAGCCUCUCUCUCGCUGGUGCUCGAGAGCCCAGCUUAUCUCUUAUCCCUGGGGGCACACAUCAUUUUGAUCAAAAAGGCCAGGAUUGGGUAGCCGCCGCGCAGGCAUUAGAGCAAAAGGUACUUAACCGAGAGUAGUGAUUUAUAUACAUAGCCUCACAACACAAACAAACACACUGCUGCAGCCACAAGUAUAAUGCAAUUAUAUAUAUAUAUAUAUACAUAAAUACAUACAUAUAUAUAUUUAUAUGGAAAGUAAUUUCAAAACAGUGUACCACAAGCAGAGUAGCGGGAAUUGCUCAAAGCAUUCCACCAGCCCGUGCGUGAUGAUUUGUACACAAGCAGAAGGGUAAAAAUGGUUUAACAGAUGAACAACAUUACAAAUUCAACUAAAUUGUUCUCUCUCUCUCUCUCUCUCUCUCUUAAUAUACAGGAUGAAAGAAACAAACAAAAACAUGCAUUUUUAAUUGUGUAGAAAAAGAAAUAUACCAAAAAUACAGAUAUAUCCUUUUUCUAGGAGAACGAAGUAGAAGCAGCAAAGUAUGCACAACAAAAACCCCAAAAGCAACGCUUUACGUUUGAUAAGUAGAUUAAAACCAACCUUGGAACCAACAGCAACAAAAAACUACUACAAUUUAAAGUACACCAAUUACACAUUACAUGUUGAGCGCUGCAGAAGAUGAGGAAAUGCAAGUAGUUCUUCUCAAAACUGGUAGAAAAAUCCGCAAAAAAAGGGGCGCAAAUAAAAAUAGCGAUGCCCUCGCUCGCUAGCAGUGGACGAGCAGUGCUUUGUAGUGAAAAUAAUGCAAUCUAGAACAAAGAGAGAGAGAGAAACAAGGUUCAUUAAAAGUGCAAACAAACACCCCACACAAUAAUCCAACGACGCCGUAAAGCACCACGUUUUACUAACCCCCCCUCCGCUAAGCGAAUAAGGCGCAAAAUACACAACACACACAGCAACACACAAGCAAGCAUAUUUUUAUACGAUGAAUAUAGUGGAUAAAUAAUGAAUUAUUAACAUGAAUUGAUAAAGUAGUUUAUGAAUUCCAUACGCAAACUGCAAUAAGCAAAACCCGCUGCAAGCAGGCAGCAGGCAAAAUGUAUCAAAUACACACACACUCAGACACAGACUUGCAGAAGUCCGCCGGCGCGUCCGAACAUCAGCAAGGCGCUCAGGGGUUUUUGACGAGGAAGAAGAAUAUUUAACACAAAAAAAAACAUCAACAAUAUAUAGCAAAACAAGCAGCAACAACAACAAAAAAGUAUAAUAUAAUUACCCAAUUUUUAUCGCGCGAACGGGAGCAGCAGGGCGUUACACAGGUCGUCGCGCGUUUCAUUAUUAAUUGUUCUCCGGGGAGGAUUGCGCGCGUUAAAGCGGCGGCAGAAGAAGAUCCGCAUUUUUCACAGUAUGCUUCCUUACGGCGUGGUCGCUGUGGAUCACACACUUUGCUGUGUGAUUUCCGAUGAGAUUGCUCCAUUUUUGCUGAAAGCAACAGACACACCAUUAGUUUGUUUCCGUUUCUGUUCACACUACAAUAGUAUACAACUUUCUAGUUCAAUGCCUGUUAAAAUUGAAGUAAAAAUUCAUUAGAAAUGUAGAGAAAUCAGUUGUGAAAUGUAGUAGCAAAAAUACAGUUACAAAAUCCAUACUGGAACAAUUACACAAAUACAAAAAAAACAGAAGGACAAACGUUAUAUGGUUUCUGUACUUCGGCGGGACCCUUCUCCACGCAGCACGAUGCGUGCGUGCGUGUCAAGUGUUUCAAACGGGUUGAAGAUGAUUUACGAAAGAAUUUACCAACAUUCACACAAACACACACACACAGCAUUUAAGCGUAAUUCGAUUUGAAUUUAUACACAAAUAUCUAUAGAGCGUGAAGGAGUGAAGGGAGAUGGAAAUGAAACUGUACGCCACUACCACAAUAAUUGCAUGUUAAGAGACAUUAAAAUAUAAUACCGUAUAUAUACAUACGCAAAAAACAAAGGAAGAGAUAAAUUAUAACUACACAAUACUAUUCGUACAAUAAUGACAUACAAAAUUAUAUUAUAAAACCUAUAUAUAUACACACAGCCACACCAGAUCUAAGUAUAUAUAUAUAAAGCUGAGACACAUCCACACAAACCAUAACUAUAAAGCUACUGUUAGGCAAUUUUAUAGCAAAAACUCACUGACUAACAAAGCCCCAAACACACAGCUUAGAGCUGAAGUUACGAGAUAGAGAGCAAGUGCAACUAUUAUUCCUACUAUACACUACACCGCGACGGGUUUGGAGUAACGGUCGGUUUGAGUAUGAAAAAUAUAUACACCACACAUACACACAUAAAUAUAUGUUACUUUCACACUUAUCUACUGGCAACAGAGUUGUGGGGAGGACAUUUGUGUGAACAAAACAAUAAAAAAAAGAAAACCAGUAGAGAACAAUCCCCUGCUCACAGACCCAAACACACACUAUCCACACACACUCCAUUUACAGAGAAGCAACACAUAUGUUGAAUAAAAAAAUUAUCAUUUAUUUUCCAGCCUU